AUGCAUGAUGGUCAGAGUCCAUUUGAGUGUAGAGUCUGCAAGAAAAAGUUUACUCGAGAAGACAAUCUGGUUGCACACUAUAAAGCGAUUCACGAUCACGUGAAGCCGUAUUCGUGUGAUCGAUGCGAGAAAAAGUUUUCCACGGGAGUUCACUUAGAUCGCAUCAGAACUAUGUCCAUGACAGAUUUAAACAGCAUGAAGUGUGAUGAAAAUGAUACUGGUAAAUCUGUGACGAAAAUUCAAGAGGAUGAUGAUGUAGCUACUGGAUCAGACAGACACGAGUUAGAGACGUUGAUAUCAGAUCCAUGUACUAACAGAGAAGUAUUUAUCACAGAUGAAUUACAUCUUGAUGUUCAGACAGUAUCACUCAGAAGUGACCACAAAGCCGCAUGUUCUCCCUAUUUGUUAAAUGAAGCAAGCCUAAAAAUUAAGACCACGCCUUAA